GGCCAAAACUCGUGAGUAAUCGGUUUCGACUUUCACUAUUUCAGCCCAUGGUUUUGAGUUGGUGCUCUCCUGCAUUGCUUUAUAUAUAAAGACAACAUAUAUCAGGGAGCUCCAUCAAGAAAAGGGAGUGAAACAAGAAACUAUCUAGCAUCUAGAAGACUAGAACAACAUGGUGGGUCAGUCGACGGUGACAAAGCCCAGCCGGAGCGACCACGUUUUGGAUGCCGACGAACAGCUCAGGAUCUCCACCCAGAUCAAAGCUCAGUUCGAAUCUGCUGCCCCAAAGCGACCCAUGAAGCCGAAUCGAAGCGAACCCGAUUCCCCAACUCCAGCUCUCUCCAUCGUUGACCAACCCAACAUUCCUGAGCUUCACAAGCUUCGUACUCUUCAGUCUCAGUCCCAUGUCAUAAUCUCAGAUGAGGGAGCUAACAGCUUGGUACAAGAUGAGUUUGUGGAUACCCAAUAUUACAAGGAGCUGAAUUCCAUUGACAAACAGCAUCACAUGACUGGAACUGGGUUUAUAAGGGUGGAGAGGGAAGAAGAGGGAAGCAAUGAUAUUCAGUUGACUGGAAUUCACGGCGGUUCAAAUGGUAUAGUGCGGGCUGGUUUCAGAAGCAACCCUGCAACCAAUGACUGGAUUCCCAAGACUGAUGAAGAUCUGGUCUUCAUCUCCUCAAAGCCAAAUCGAAGUGAGAACUGAGAGCUGUUAUUAGAUCAGGACAGAUCCAGUGUUGUAUCAAUGUAUUUUUUCAUAGUUCAUAUUCAUAUGUCAUAGUCAUAGCUCAUUGCCAAAAAGGACCAGAUAAGUAUGAUUCGAGGGAAGCUUCAAGAUGUUACACAUAAAAAAUUGGCCUUUGAAGAUAAGCACCAACUUCUUUACUAUAUAUAUUGUGUUCUUAUCCA